AGCACAUCAAGCUUUUGUUAGACGAAUUUAUUAUGACUGUAUUCCCAUAUAAAAAAAGAAUGUAAACAGUAGAACGACCUUUAGAACUUCGCGAGCAAAGUGUUGAGUGUUCUCGGCGCUACAGGCAUAACGUGUAUUGCUUCAACGUAAAUAAAAUGUCCGGAUUUACUGAAACUAAUGUCUUAAUCGGGUUGAAAUAAAUUAACGAAAAAUUCUAAUAAACAUAUCAAUUGUAAUGUCAAACGAUACGAGCGACGAUGAAACGGGUCUGCAAACGCCACAGGUGUUUCCCAAAACGGGAUCAGGACAGGUCUCUCAUUGCAGCUGUAACUCAGUUAUGCGCAGUCCGAUCAGUCCUAGCUCGUCCGUCUCGAGUUCCAUGAUAUUCGGACAGAUCACCGACGAUGUGCUCCGUGCUUGGAGUCAAUUGCCGGAGGCGAUCCGCCUGGACCCCAGGUUGGCGGUUUUUCAGAGGGAAUGCGACCGAAUAGCGGAGGCAAGAUCUGUGGAUUGCAUGAAGAAUAAGGACUGCCUGAUUGUGAAUAUGUGCUCGCAUCUUGUGACGCAAACUAGCAUUCAGAAUCAAAUUCAAACAAAUCAGAGCAACACCGAUGAGGAUGGGCAAGAUGUUCAGGAGAAGCAGAAGCCGUUUUGCCGCUACUCCAAAUUGAUCGUGCUCUCUCUCUGUUGGCUGCUGUUUACAGUAACACUUAUGUUUAAGAGCGAGAGAGUCGAGACAAUGCAUCGAUUUUCCAUUCCAAAUGGACAGAUCAAGAAUUACCAAAUCGAGGAGCAUAUUACAAACGUAUUGAUCAGCAUAAAGGUGGAAGGAUCAUCAUUGCUGCCGUCAGAUAAAAUCGAGCAGUACGCAAAUUUGUCUACGAACCACUUAAUGAUAUGGCUGGAACUCCUUGCGAAAGAUGAGAAUACGUCCCACGUCAACUUGGAAAACUUAAAGUUUCAGAAUGUAAGCGACGUGUGGGUUUUGCCAUUAUUGCCCGAAAACUUGAUGGACAUCUUUCCUGAACAGAGGCAUGAAAAGACUUUUAAGAUAAACGCCGAUAGCGAGGCACUAUUAGAUGGCACAAUGUUCAUCAAGUUUCGUACAAAUUCAGAGUCGAGUUUGUCGUUUUCCUUAGUUUACGAUCUGUCAGUGAAUACCGCUGCUGGCAUAAUAUACGCCGCUUUUCUCUUAAUUGGCCUCUACAUCAUGAUUAUUUUCGAGGUUGUGCACAGAACUUUGGCUGCCAUGCUGGUGUCUUCGAUGUCCAUCGCGAUAUUGGCAAUUUUAGACAAGCGACCAAGUAUGGAUGAAUUGAUGUCUUGGAUAGACAUGGAUACGCUGCUGCUCCUGUUUUCCAUGAUGCUACUGGUAGCAAUUAUCGCCGAAACCGGCAUAUUCGACUGGUUAGCAGUCUACGCUUACAAGAUAACCGGUGGUAAAUUAUGGCCGUUGAUUAUGGCCCUGUGCUUCUUCACUGCUCUCCUGUCAUCGAUACUGGACAAUGUGACAACCGUGUUGCUAAUGACCCCGGUGACCAUUCGGCUGUGCGAAGUGAUGGAGCUGAACCCGGUCCCAAUCUUGACCGCCAUGGUGGUCUACUCCAAUCUUGGGGGCGCGAUGACGCCGGUUGGCGAUCCGCCGAACGUCAUCAUUGCUUCCAACAAAGACGUUAAGAACGCCGAAAUCGACUUUGGCACGUUCUCGUUGCACAUGAGCAUCGGAGUGAUACUGGUGUUGAUCGUCGUCUCCGCGCAAAUUCGCUACAUUUUCCGGGACGUCGCGGUUCUUAGAUUCAACGAGCCACAAGAUGUACAGGAUUUGAGACACAUGAUUGCCAUCUGGCAACGAGCGGCAGCGAGUCUGUCCAGCUACAGCAAAGACGAGAAUCUAGUGAGGGAGACGCUGCUGAAGAAGGUGCAACGUUUACUAUCGCAGCUGAAGAAAAAAUUGAUAACAGGAAGCGCAACGUUAGAAAAGUAUAAGACCACGCUGGAGGAGUUGCAGGAAAAGUAUCCUAUCAGAGACAAGUGGUUGCUGGUAAAAUCUGGAUUUGUCCUGACUUUCGUGAUCACGCUUUUCUUCCUGCACAGCGUGCCACAAAUGCAUCUAUCUCUGGGCUGGAUCGCCCUGAUCGGCGUCAUGCUGCUUCUGAUAUUAGCCGACAGCGAGGAUUUUGAUGGUCUCAUGGCACGCGUCGAAUGGAGCACAUUGUUAUUCUUCGCGUCACUCUUUAUUCUUAUGGAGGCUCUCUCGCGUAUGGGUCUCAUUACUUGGAUCGGCAAGCAAACCGAAAACUUCAUUCUGUCGGUGAACGAAGAGUCCCGAUUAGCGGUCGCGAUACUGUUGCUGCUCUGGGUGUCGGCUAUAGCAAGUUCCUUCGUCGACAACGUGCCACUCGCUACCAUGAUGGUGAGAAUCGCGUCGAAUCUCGCGCAAAAUCGCGAGCUCGGCCUGCCUAUGCAACCCCUGGUGUGGGCGUUAACAUUCGGCGCUUGUAUGGGAGGAAAUGGAACUUUGAUUGGAGCUACUGCCAAUGUUGUUUGUAUGGGUGUCGCGGAACAGCACGGCUACAGAUUCAGUUUCAUGCAAUUUUUCAAGGUAGGAUUUCCUAUCAUGAUAACAAGUACUGUAACAAUAAUGGUGUAUCUGAUGAUUGCUCAUGUAGUCUUCGACUGGAAUGGAAACUAAAUAUAAUGAAGAGUUAUCUGUGAGAGAUUUGUUUAAUAUACAAGAAACAAUGUACUUGUAUAUUCGGAAAAAUGCUUAUCGCGUGUAAUCUCUUAAGAGGAAAAUAUUAAUACAAUUGGGAAGUGUUAUUAAAUAAUUCUUAAGAAUUAUUAUGCUACAAGUUUCGACGAACAGAAUUAUUCACUUAAUCGCGACAUAUUUUGAAAAAAAAUGUAAAACAUUAAGUUUUUUAUU